CUUGGGAGUUGGAUCUACCGUUGCAAAAUUUUUGACAAUUCUAAGCUUCUUUUUGUUGAUUGAUUCUAUAUAGCAUAAAGUUACACUUAUACAGCUUUCCAAUUUUAUUGCUGCUUUCAUUACUAAUUGAAGUAGCUAGUGAAGCAUUGUGUAUGCUUAAGGCUUGUGCUGCAUUUUCUCAUGCCAAUUGUCAUUAGGUCCAUAAUGUGCCUAUCUUAUCCCAUCUUGAUAUCCUUCAUCUUAUACGAGCUUUUGUUUUCGAUUUUUAUGCUACAAUGCAGUGCAAGCAACUGCUUAGAAUAUGGUUCAGCUAUUAUGGAUGGUACUAUUAACAGUACUUUAGUAUCUCCUGGUGAAGUGUUUGAGUUCGGAUUCUUCACUCCUGAUGGGAACCACGAUACUAGAAGGUAUUUGGGCAUAUGGUAUUUUAACCAACACAAUCCGAAGGUAAUUGUGUGGGUUGCUAAUAGAGAUAAGCCACUGUUGGAACCCAAUGGCUCCCUUCUUAUAAAACAUGGUUAUGCCAUGCUGUUGGAUAAGAAAGGUGCAAGCUACUGGUCUACUGGUACAUCAAACAGUCCCAUUGUGUCCGCGAGUGCCAACUUCACGAACAUCUUAUUAUGUCUAAAUGACAAUGGUAACUUAGUUUUAUCUUUAUCUCGGAGUCCAGAGCGACGUCAGCUAACAGAUAUAUUGCGGUGGCAAAGCUUUGAUUACCCAACUGACACAUUUCUUCCUGAAAUGGUUGUUAGUAAUUUGACAUCAUGGGAGACUAGUAACAAUCCUGCACAGGGCAAAUAUGAUUUCAUGUUGCAGCUUCAAGGGAAUAACCAAUAUAAAUUGGUUAUUUCCAAGAAGGGAUCACAAUAUUAUUGGGAAAGCAAAAUCUCAUCACCAUUUGAUCAGACACCUCAAACAUUGUUUGAUUUAUUGCUUAAUGAUUUGUCAUCGGAUGAUUAUAACAAUUCGAGAUUAGUGAUGAAAUUCAAUGGACAGGUUCAAUUUUGGAAAUUGAAUAGCCAAGGAGUCUGGUCUCUUAAUUGGUCUGAGCCAACAGAUAGGUGUAAUUUGUACAAGGUAUGUGGAAACUUUGGCAGUUGCAAUAGUAAUAAUGGGCUGGUGUGUAAGUGCUUUCCAGGCUUUAAACCUAGUCAACCAAACAGGUGGAAUUCAGGAACCUUCUCCGAGGGUUGUUUACCAAGGUCAGUGCCCUGUAGUAGAGAUUACAACACAGAUUUGUUCUUGAGGAUGCCAAUGAUGAAAGUGAGCACUCCGGAUAAAAAUGAGACAGUUGAGAAUUGUACAGCGGCAUGCCUUGCAGAUUGUGAUUGUGUAGCGUACUCUUGUGGUACUGCUAACUGUACAGCAACAUCAAAUGAGAUGUGCUUGAGGUGGAAUAAUCCACCAACUGACUUGCAAGAGGAUUAUCCUAAUGGAUUUACCAUCUUCAUUCGCAGUACGCUAUCUGACAUAAAAUUAACUCCAAGAGACUGUAAACCUUGUGGAACUUAUACCAUUCCAUAUCCCCUUAGCACUGCUACAGAGUGUGGGGAUAGAUUAUACAAUAAUUUUCACUGCAAUGUGGAAACAGGGCAGGUUAGUUUCUUAACUUCCAAUGGCACCUUCAAUGUAACUUCAAUCAAUCCUGAAAAAAUGAGCUUUUUUAUCCAAGUCAGACAUGGCAAUUGGUGUGAUAGUAGAUAUAUGGACUCGAUUGUUCUAUCACAUGAGGAUCCCUCACUAUAUAGUGUUAAAAACUGCACUAUUAUGAAAGAGUCAUCAUUUUUAGAAGCUAAACAAUCCUUUGUUGAAGUUGAGAUGGGCUGGAAAAAACCAUCAGAACCUGCAUGCAGUGCAUCUUCAGAUUGUCAAGUUUGGCCUCAUACUACUUGUAAAGUGGCCAAAAACGGUGAUAGGAGAUGUAUUUGUCGAACAAACUUCCAUUGGGAUGGAUAUAAUAUGAGAUGUGAAAAGGUGAAUUUCACUCUUAAGGUUGUAGCUCCUUGCUUAGCUGGUGCAUUGUCAAUUCUUCUUUUGUGUGGGAUCUACUUUAUCUAUCAUUUCCGGAAAAGAAGACUAAUUGAACAACAAGGCUCUGUUGAGCUCAAGGGAGAUGAUAUUGAAGGCAUAGAUGUGCCUUUCUUUGAUUGGGAAAGCAUCCUGGCUGCUACAAGCAACUUUGCAGACACAUACAAACUUGGAACAGGAGGAUUUGGUUCAGUGUACAUGGGAAAGCUUCCAGAUGGACAGGAAAUUGCAGUCAAGAGGCUCUCAAGUGUAUCCGUGCAAGGUGUUGAAGAAUUUAGGACUGAGGUUAAGUUGAUUGCCAAACUCCAACACCGGAACCUUGUAAGACUUAUUGGGUACUGCGUGAAAGCAGACGAGAAGAUAUUAGUCUAUGAGUACAUGCCUAAUGGAAGCCUAGACUCUUGUUUAUUUGACGAAAGGCAUUCUGUGUACUUAGACUGGAAGAAGCGUUUUGACAUCAUUUUGGGGAUUGCUCGGGGCUUGCUUUAUCUUCACCAAGACUCAAGGCUAAUUAUUCACCGAGAUCUCAAACCAAGCAACAUAUUACUGGAUGAAGAACUUAACCCAAAAAUAUCAGAUUUUGGCAUAGCAAAGAUUGUUGGUGGGAAGGAAACAGAAGCAAGCACUAUGAGAGUAGUUGGAACAUAUGGUUACAUGUCACCAGAGUAUGCAUAUGAAGGGAUCUUUUCAGUAAAAUCUGAUGUUUUCAGUUUUGGCGUGGUUGUAUUGGAGACAAUAAGUGGUAGAAGGAAUUCGAAAAUCUUUAUGUUUGAGCACGGCCUUAGCCUGCUAGGACAUGCCUGGAAAUUAUGGAAUGAAGAUAAAGGACUAGAAUUAAUGGACGCAAAUCUCAACGAAUCCUGCUUUCCGUCAGAAGUUCUGAAGUGCAUUCAUAUUGGGUUGUUGUGCGUACAAGAGGAUCCAAGUGAUCGUCCCACCAUGUCAACUGUAGUCCAUAUGCUGAGUGGGGAAAAUGCCUCUCUUCCACUUGCCAAACAACCAGCUUUCAUGAAUCGAAAACCAUUAUCAGAGAAUGCCUCGUCUUCCAGUGCAGUGGAUUCAAGCGUGCAUGAGGAGAUGACUGUAUCUACAAUAGGCCGGUAACUGACAGUUUCGCGUUGAAAUUAAGCUGAACGAAUCUGGCAUGAGUGGCAGUGUGGUUGGGUAAAGGCUGUUGGCUGUUGUUAGAUAUUUAGCAAUUUUAGUCAGUUGUUUAAACUCAUGAAACUCAUGAAAAUAAAAGUGUAGCAACUAAAAAAACAGAGAAAACACUAGUAGAUUAUAUACAGACCCAGUUCAAAAAUCUCUUUGCAAUCAAAUGCUGGUUGCCAGAAAUAAUCUACUUCUGCAUAUGUUAAGAAUUAUGUAUUAACAAGCAUAAAAUAUAUGGAUCAUCUUUUGUACGAUAAA